AUGGACGGCUUACUUGAGCCAUCAAAAAAUCGAAUAUCUUCGAUCAUGGAAUGCUUAUCUGAGCACCUGAUACACAAGGUUCUCUUCCGGUUAGAUCCAAGAUCUCUGGUGAUGAUGCGUUGCACAAAUAAAUCUCUCCAAUCGCAUACACAAGAGCCGCACUUUGAGUCUGAAUACUUUUCUCGGGUUAAAUCCGGUUUGCUUCACAUCUCCUCUUAUGGCUUCGAGAAGCUCUGUUACCAGCCUUACGUCCAUUCUAAGUCACGUCUGGGAAUCAAAGACACCUUGGAGUGUCAGAUUUUGGGCUCUUGCUCUGGCCUUCUUCUUCUACUCUUCCGUGGCGAUGACCUAUGCGUCGCAAAUCCCCUUACGAAGAAGUUUCGAGUCUUGGACCUAUCUAGGUUAAUGGUUAAAAACUUUUGUAGGGAAACCAAAAAGCACAUCGGGUUCGCGGUUGAUCAGAUUGAUCAAGCCACCCAGAGUUUCAAAAUCGUCAACUUAGGCGAGGAGAACAUUGCCAACGAAACGAGAUAUGAGUUCGAGAUUUACGCCGAAGGAGAUUCGUGGAGAGAUUCGAAAACGAAGAUUACUUGCCGACCAAGCGAUCUCGAUAGCCGAAUGAAAAACCCUGUUUACUUGGACGGAUCUCUUCACUGGCUACGAGAGGACGGAGGCAUAGUAGCUUUCAACCCCAAAACACAGGAAGCACGACUGGUUCCGACCAAACUCCCCCAGGAACUGAGUUUGAAAACGUUAUUCACAGCUGGAGAUAGUAGGUUAACUUUGGUAUCGGCGACGAAGGAGGUAAUUUACGUUUACGCCCUCCAGGGUAACUAUCUCAGAGAUCCCAAGUGGGUCCUGGUGACGCGGAUCCGGAACAUAGUGCUGGACGAAAAAAGGCUUGGUUAUUGGAACGUAGAGGCCUACGACGGGAAGUUUUUAGUGCUGAGGGAGGAUAGGGGGACGAGAGGCGAUUACUACCGAGUGUUACAUGUGUACGACUUGAGUACUAACAAGUGGGAAGUCGUGGGAUCGAUUCCAAUAUGGUGCGAUGCUGAACGAGAUGUUUUUCAGUUUACACCGUCGUGGUCUUCUGUUGUAGGGCUUGAUGAGACAUUGGAUUGUGGUGAUAAACGCGAUCUUCCUAGGAAACAAGAAGUUAAACGCAAUCUGAGCUUGAUUAUGGGACUAAUUGAUGUAGAAUCUCCAUUUAGAAAAAGGGCAAAACUUACUUAG